AUGGGGAAUUGUAUUAGACGCGAGAAGUCAUUCUUGGCUGAUGACGAGCACUGGGGGUCUUUGGAGUCCACUCGGAUGGAUGGAGAUACUGAUGGCGAGAUGAACAUUACGGAGAAGGAGAAGGAGAAGUUGGUAUGUGGAAAACGAGAUGCAAAAACCAGAGAGGUGAAGAUAAUCAUUUCGAAGGCGGAGCUGGAGCAUUUGAUGCAGAAGGUGGACGUACAAGGUUUGACUCUGGAACAAGUGCUCUUGGCCAGGAUGGUUAAGAGUGGAGGAGAUGUAUUUGUGUUUGAUCAACCUCGUUCCUGGAAGCCGGUGCUACAAAGUAUUCCGGAGGUGAACUAG